AUGAAAGUAUCUACAAAGCCUUGCCGAGAAGGAAGAAUUCUCAUGAUGCUAUCGCGACGGGGACUUACUUCGAAAACUAUCUCCAGCUUCCCACACUGUUACACAAUAUCAAAGCCCUUUAACUCAUAUCCAAUAAGUGCGCCGCAGCAAAGCCGCUCACUUGCAACAGUGGUAGACAAUACUCCCGCCGUACAAUUUUCCCGCGGACUUAAAGAUCAGGAUAGAAUUUUCCAAAACCUGUAUGGUAAUAAAGUUGCCGACCUGAAGACCGCCAAAAAGUAUGGAGACUGGUACAAAACUAAAGAAAUCCUAAAUAAGGGUCAUGAAUGGAUAAUCUCUGAGAUUAAAGCCUCGGGCUUGAGAGGUCGCGGUGGAGCAGGCUUCCCUUCUGGUCUAAAAUGGUCAUUUAUGAAUUUUAAGGACUGGGAAAAAGACAACAAGCCAAGGUACCUGGUUGUCAACGCUGACGAGGGGGAACCAGGAACAUGCAAAGACAGAGAAAUAAUGAGGAAGGAUCCGCACAAACUAAUAGAGGGGUGUCUAGUCGCUGGCCGAGCUAUGAAUUGCACCGCAGCAUACAUUUAUAUACGAGGUGAAUUCGUUCAUGAGGGUGAAACGCUACAAGAAGCAAUAAAUGAAGCAUACAGAGAUGGUCUCAUUGGAAAAAAUUCCUGUGGCAGCGGUUACGAUUUUGAUGUAUUCAUCCAUCGUGGAAUGGGAGCAUAUGUCUGCGGAGAAGAAACUUCUUUAAUUGAAUCUCUGGAGGGAAAACCUGGAAAACCCCGACUCAAGCCACCUUUUCCUGCAGCUGUUGGUCUUUUUGGAUGUCCCUCAACUGUGGCAAACGUUGAGACCAUCGCUGUGGCACCAACAAUUAUCCGACGAGGAGCUUCGUGGUUUUCUAGCUUCGGAAGAGAAAGGAAUUCAGGGACGAAACUAUUUUGUAUCUCUGGGCAUGUCAACAAUCCAUGCACGGUUGAGGAAGAAAUGAGCAUUCCCCUAAGGGAACUCAUUGAUAAGCAUUGUGGUGGUGUACGAGGAGGCUGGGAUAACUUGAAAGCCAUUAUUCCUGGUGGAUCCUCAACCCCCAUAUUACCCAAGGAAGUGUGUGAUAGCCAGCUCAUGGAUUUUGAUGCGCUGAAGGAUAGCCAGUCUGGUCUCGGCACAGCAGCUGUUAUUGUAAUGGACAAGAGCACUGACGUUGUCCGCGCAAUCUCAAGACUAAGUCACUUCUACAGACACGAGUCUUGUGGUCAAUGCACUCCUUGUAGAGAAGGUAGCAAGUGGACAGAACAAAUCAUGAAGCGCUUUGAAAAAGGACAGGGAAAGCCUCGAGAGAUUGACAUGCUACAGGAACUGACAAAGCAAGUCGAAGGACACACCAUUUGCGCUCUCGGCGAGGCAUUUUCAUGGCCUAUCCAAGGCCUAAUCCGACACUUUAGACCAGAAUUAGAGGCUCGUAUGGCAGAUUAUGCUGCGAAGAAUGGUGGUACACCUCUAGCUGGUGGUUGGGAAGCUUCAGCGCGUCAGCAGGGUAGACUGGUAGCGCCAGGACAGUGA